CACAGCAGCACCCGCACCCUACUCGCUGCUCCUCGUCCACCAUGCUCCGCACUCUCGCCCGCACCGUCCCCCGCCGCGUCGCCUCGCAGGUUCACCCUCGCCUCCUCUCGACCGUCUCGCCCAUCUACACGACGACGUCGACUGCGACCGGAUCGAGGGCUGCGGGCACGAUCAAGACCGAGUCUGGGCUCGAGCUCAAGAUGGACAUGCCCAAGGAGCUCGGCGGCAAGGGCGCGCAGCACAACCCCGAAGAACUUUGGGGCGCCGCGUACGCGACGUGCUACCUCUCGGCGAUGGGUGCGACGCACGGCAACCUCAACAAGGGCGCCAAGCCGCUCCCCAAGUCGACCAAGGUCGACGCCGUCGUGAGCAUCGGCAAGGACGCCGACGACAAGGUCGCUGGCUUCCUCCUCGCCGUCGAGCUCAACAUCCACGCCGCGCCCCUCAAGGAGGUCGGCCUCAAUGACGAGCAGAUCCAGAAGCUCGUCGAGGAGGCGCACAAGAUGUGCCCCUACUCGCGCGCUGUCGAGGGCAACGUCGCCGUCAAGCUGACCGUCGUCUGAAGGACGACGGCGGGCACGACGGCGAAGAGGGAGACUGGCGCAUGAAAACAAAGCAGUGCACUUUGGUC